CGACAUCACAACACGAACCCCGUGGAACCUGCUUUGGCCCCAAGUACAAAGAGCCUCGAGACCCUCGUAAAUCCUCGUUUCUUCCUCGACUAUCGAAACACGCGAGCCUCGUUUGACCACCCAUCUACGACCCCCCCAAUACGUGCCCCCUUAUCAACCAUGGCAUUCGGCGGUGCUCUCCUCCGUUUCGGCCAGACUGGCCUGCGUCUCCUCGAGUUCGCCUGCGCUGCUAUCGUCCUUGGUAUCUACAGCUACUUCCUCUCUGUUUUGGCCGACAAGAACAUCCACAUUCCAGCAUGGGAGAAGGCCGUUGAGGGCAUGUCGGGCGCCGCCUGCUUGUACCUCAUCUUCUGCGUCCUCCUGACGCUCUUCCUGGGCGGCAUCAGAUUCUUCGCUUUCAUCGCCAUCGUCCUCGACAUUUGCUUCGUCGGAUGCUUUGCAGCCAUCGCGUACUACACCCGCCAUGGCGCCAACGCAUGCAAAGGCGUCGUCAACACUCCCCUCGGCACGGGCCUCAGCGGCGAGGCCGCUCCUGGAGCUGGAGACUGGGGCUAUGUGUGCAGCUUGAACACGGCCUGCUUCGCCGUGUCUAUUGUCAACAUCUUCCUCUUUCUCGUCACCGCCGCUGUCCAGUUCCUUCUCGCCCGCCACCACCAGAAGGAGAAGCGCUACGGCCCAAGCCCAUCCAACAACUACACCAGCGGAACCGGUCGUCGUCCAUUCUGGAAGCGCAACCGCGGGGCUGCCCGGGGCACUCGUGACGCUGAGAUGGCGACUACUGCCACUGCGCCAGGUCACCAUGGCACGACUGUUAGACCCAGUCACGAAACCGGCAUGACAGGCUCCACCAUGAACAACGCCGGUCAUGCUCCUUACGCCUCGGAGCCCAAGUACGGUCAGCCCGGCUACGGCCACAAUAACGGCAUUGCACCUGCACACCACAAUGUGACCAGUGGCACCAACUAUUAAACAAUCAACACGCAAAUCUAUUUAAUCAACCACCACCGCACGAUGACACGUGGGCCAAUAACGUCGUCGUCUGUACCAGAUUGUAUCAUCACCAGCAGGGAGUUUGUGAGGGAUGAGGAGAAAUGAACAGAAUGGCAUAUUUUGAGAAAUAUAUCAUUCAUGUUUUGUAACAACAGAUGGCACAGUUCUGGGAGCGCUUGGCGCUUUACUGAGCAGCGCCUUGACAGGAGUAUACGAUGUUCAUGAUAGAACUAUACCCGCACAGAGUCUCAUUAGCUUAUUAGCACCUUAAUAAUGAUCUGAGAAUCCAAAAUCUAUUUUAUAACGG